AUGAACGUGUAUUUGGCAAUUCUGUUGAUAAUCGUUUCUUGUGCUGAAGGUUACAAGUUUCUCGUUUAUUCCCCAACUUUUGGUUAUUCGCACACAAACUUCAUGGGAGCUAUAGCCGACACCCUGACGGAAGCCGGACAUGAUGUAACCGUACUGAGGCCACUAAUGGAUGACGAGCUGGAAAAUAAGACCAGUUUAGUCUUGACCAAAAAAGUCAUCAAAACACCUACGGAUCCAAGAGUCAAGGAGCUGAUGAAAAGCAGAGUACGCCUACUCAACAAAAUAUGGACGACGCAGUCAAACCUGCUCGCCCUUUGG